AGCAGAGAGCACCACAGGCAGGGCCCACCAAGCAGGACACAACACGCCGUCAAGCGCACGCCAGGGCACGCAGCGCUGCCUGCCGCACCAGCUGCCGUGCUUGGCGCAACGUGGUUGCCGCCGUCCUGCCUUCUGACCCCAACACAGGGGCGCCAGCAUGUGUCGUCUCCUCGUGUACAAGGGCGUCGAUGCGAUCCAGCUCUCGCACCUCGUCACGCGCCCGGCACACAGCAUCAUCAACCAGGCCUUCGACGCACGCCUGCGCCUCGACGCCACGCGCUCCGUCAACGGCGACGGCUUCGGCGUUGGCUGGUACGACGCGCGAGCCGAUGCCGAGCUCGGCAAUGCGCCGUGCAUCUUCACCAGCGUCACGCCCGCAUGGAACAAUCAGAAUCUGCAGCGCCUGGCAGAGAAGAUCAAGAGCCCUCUUGUCUUCGCACAUGUGCGCGCAUCCACUGCCGGCGCACUGAGCGAGACGAACUGCCAUCCGUGGCGGUACGGACGUCUGAUGUGGAUGCACAACGGCCAGAUCUCCGGCUUCCCUCGCAUCAAGCGGCGCCUGCUGGCCGCACUGCCAGAGGAGCUCUUCCUGUAUCCGCAGGGGCACACCGACUCGGAGUUCGCCUUUGCCGUCUUUCUCUCGCACCUCAAGGACCCGUCCUCGCAGGCGCCGCUGGACUACCGGGAAAUGCAGUCUGCCAUGCUGGCCACGAUCCAGGACUUCAAUGGCUGGGCCAAGCAGGCGGGCGUUGAGGAGCCGAGCUUGAUGAACUUCUGCGUCACCGACGGCGAGUCCGUCGUGUGCACGCGCUACGUGUCGAGCCGCACAGACGAGGCAGCCAGUCUGUACUUCUCCUCCGGCACGUCGUUCUACGAGCACGCGCCAGGCGCGUACCGCAUGGUCAAGGCGGACAAGCGCGAGAAGAUCGUCGUCGUGGCCAGCGAGCCGCUGACCUUCGAGAAGGCCGACUGGAUGGAAAUCGCAACGAACACACUCGUCUGCGUCACGCCGCGCAUGAACGUGCUGCAGUAUCCGAUUCGCGACGAAUUCUACGUGGAGCAUGCAGACUCGCAGAUGCGCUCGCCCGCCUUUGCGCUCAAGACCGGCUUCGCGCCGAACGUGCCGCUCUCCGCCGCUCCCGGCGCCGCACCGCGCGACGCCGAUGCGGCCGCGCUGCCCAUACCCGGCCGCGAGACUGCCGUGGUGGCGCCGGUGCCCGCACGCCGCUUCAUACCCCCUGCGACGCCCCUCACGCCCAGCCUUGCGUCGGUGUAUGCGCAGAUGCAGGGCGCUGCGCCCGCACGGCGUGGUGCUGCUGCGUAAAUAAGCAAGCUAUGCGAUUGCUCCGAGAUCGUGAGGGGCGCCUCGGCUGCGAGGGCCGUCUA